AUUUCUCUCCUUACUUGUAUUUCGCGGUUGACUCCAUUUCUCACCAACCAUAUCGUCCACCAUUAACUAACCAAACAUUAAAACCAGACCAGCCAUGACCAGAAUCCGGUAGUUCAUAGAUCCAAUCAAAUCUCUGCUUUGUUUUCAUGGAUUCUUCUUCUCUCAGCCCUUAUAUUCUCUUGUUCAAUGCACUCUCGCAGAUACCAACUUGGCACUAUUUGGUAGCUUUCUUGAUCAUCUCCAUUACUUUUCUUUACAAGUUCUUGGAGGUCCAUUUCUUUGAAGAUGUUUUCUUUAAAUCUCAAGGCACUCCUAUCACUUACAACCCCUCUUCUCCGUUUUGUAAUGCCAUUCUUUCCAGUUGUAAAAUCCUCCACUCUAGGUUUGUAGCCACAACAUGGAUAUCAAGUCCUCAUUUUCAGACUGCCUUUUUGCAAUUUUGUGGGAGGUCUCCGGUUUUUAGCUAUAGAAGGCACUUGUUUCGUACUUCUGAUGGUGGAACCAUAGCUUUGGAUUGGCUGAUGAACGCUGAUGUUUCUGGAGGUGCUUUUGGCAUAAAUGGUGCAUCUCUUCCCAUGAAUAAUGCUAUUUCUCAAGAUGAAACUACUCCGAUUGUGGUUGUGGUUCCUGGCUUGGCAAGUUCCUCUACUUCUAAUUAUCUAAAGAAUCUUGCCUUCAACCUGGCCAAACAUGGAUGGAAUGUUGUUGUUAGCAACCACCGAGGACUUGGUGGUGUUUCAAUUACUUCUGAUUGCUUUUACAAUGCUGGAUGGACAGAAGAUUUACGGGCAGUCGCUAAUUAUCUUCACGAUAAGUACCCCAAGGCUCCGUUAUUUGCAAUUGGAACUAGCAUUGGAGCCAACAUUUUGGUGAAAUAUCUUGGGGAGGAUGGAGAGGGAACUCCUAUUGCAGGGGCCGUGGCAGUUUGCAAUCCUUGGGAUCUUUUGAUUGGAGACAGAUUUAUAUGCCGCAGGCUGUUGCAGAGAAUCUAUGACAAAGCUCUUACAAUUGGCCUCCAAGGUUAUGCACAAUUACAUGAGCCUCUCUAUACUCGGCUUGCUAAUUGGGAAGGCAUUAAAACGGCACGUUGUCUCCGGGAUUAUGACAACUAUGCAACCUGCCAUGUUGGUAAAUUUGAGACUGUAGAUACGUACUAUAGGCACUGUAGCAGUGCAGCUUAUGUUGGGAAUGUAUCCGUGCCACUACUCUGCAUUAGUGCUCUGGAUGAUCCAGUUUGCACUAGGGAAGCCAUUCCUUGGGAUGAAUGCAGAGCAAACCCAAAUAUUGUGCUGGCUACACCACAGCAUGGAGGACAUCUAGCAUUCUUUGAAGGAUUAACUGCAUCCAGCUCUUGGUGGAUAAGGGCUGUUGAUGAAUUUCUUGGUGUUCUACGCUCUAGUCCAUACAUUCAUGUACAAAAGAAGCAGACUUCUGGCCAGCAUUCAGCGCUGGAUUCUUCAAUUGAUCAGUAUCCACACUUACAUGUUGCUGAAGAUGGAAUAGUAACCGCAGCGAGCAGCGAGGAAAAAAGAGAUGGCAUUGAAGACAUCAAAAAUUUGCAGAUGCUUAGCGAAGAAAAAACUACUGAAAUGCUUUCAAAUGCAGAACAAGAGAAGCACGUUACAGAAGCAAAGUCGGAUUUCAUGUCCGAGACUUGUCAAACCUCAGAAAUAGCUAAAAACAUCCAGGUUGUUAAAUCUCCUGAUAUAACCUCUCCUCUUAGGAGAUUCCUAAAUCAGAUUUCGCAGCAGAAUAGCAUAUCGAUAUGGUUGCUUGCUUUCAUCGCCAUCAGAACAAGCUGGCCACUAGUAGGAUCAAUUACAAAAUUCAUCUUUAGAAAGAGGUCAAGAAAGAUCAUGCCUGCAGCUUAGCAGGUAAUUGUCUGCUAAAAUGUCUGUCAUUACCUGCCGAACUCGAGUAUUUUGCACUCUAGCAAAACAAAAUGGAAAUUAAGACAAGGUUAUGUAUCACAAACUUUGAACAUAUUUAUUGCCGCCAAGUUGGAUGAUUAUAUGAGAUGGAAUAAGAUUGGCGCGCCUGCGCACACAUACAGAACA